AUGCUGCGCGAUAUAGAGAGCACACCCCUCAUCGAAGAGCAUGAGCAUUUAGAGCAGCUUUAUUUAUUUUAUCGAUACCAGUACAGACUGGCCAUAUGCUGGCUAUUCUGCUGCGUCAGCCACCUUUCUUUCUGUAGCUGCAUUUUGACCAGAACCUGGCAACUGCCCCAAGAUGAACAUGUGAAGAAGUUCAUUUCCAUGCUCGAAUAUUAUGAUUUUUACAGUUCCACUGCUUGUGUGGCAAUUUCGAUACCAAUGGUGCCGUAUCUCAUAAUGAAGAGAUGGGAGUUCACAAUUUUGCCAUUUUUCCUAAUUCCGCUGAUCGUAUACGCUUCAAUGUUAUGGUGGGUUGGUGACUGCUUAUUAAACCUCUUCCCAUUGGUUAAGUCCUGGUCUCUGGAUGAUAUUGCAACCUAUUGUAUUUGGGAGGGCUGUAUUUUGUGCGCGGUUGUGGUUUUGGUUCCGCCAGCUGCAAGCCUCAUACUUUUCCGCAAAGCUGCGCCGACUGGGGAGAGAGCACCGGAAUUGUAUUUGGGGGCUCAUCUCGAUGCGCCAGGCAAUGAUGCUGAGCUAAAUGACGAUUCUCUUUCCAUGAAAUCCGCUAGGACACUUCCUAAACUAAAAUUAGUUAAGAUGUUUUUGGCUGGCCUUGUUUUCCCUUACUUACUUAUCCAAGUAUUCUUUGUUAUCAGGGCAUACUCGGGCUCGAUUUUACGUGAUAUUUCUGGCAAGUCCGAACUGUACGCUCACGCACUUUUGGUACUGCUAUACGCUAAGGUAGUAAGAUUGCUUUCCAUGCUGUUCUGCAUUUGUUACAGUUUGAUCUCAUCAAAAACAACAGAAACCGUGAGCGUUUACUGGCCCCUUGUUUUCUUAUACCAAAGUGGCUUGGUUAUGGAUUCCUUCUACGGAUAUAUAGUUUCUACCGUCGACCUUGUAGGCUAA